UGUUUUGUUUCCCUCCUCUCGCUCCACACGAAGGGGCGGAAUCGAACCAUUUUCAUCACAAACCGUACAACUCGGAGACAAAGCCCUGGUUGUGUGAGCACCUCCUCCUCUCGCACCUCCUCCUCUCGCACCUCCUCCUCUCGAACCCAGUGAUCGAAGGAACCUGCUGGUCCCCAGGUCCACCUGAGGAGCAUGAGUCUGAAAACAGAACCCUCUCCCGAUGGUCCCGCUGCUACAGAAGAGGUGAGCAAAGCGCCUUCGCCUGAGAAGAAGGAGAAGAAGCCAGACGAUGUGGCUGCUGCUGAGGAGGAGGAGGAGGAAGAGUACGUCGUGGAAAAGGUGCUGAAUCGGCGUGUGAUGAAAGGGAGAGUGGAGUAUCUUCUCAAGUGGAAAGGCUUCUCUGAAGAAGAUAACACGUGGGAGCCAGACGAUAACCUGGACUGUCCAGAUUUGAUUGCAGAGUUUCUGCAGUCCCAGAAAACCGCUCACGAUGGAAAGAGGAAGGCGGGGGGGGAGGCGGAAGGAGACGAGAGUAAAUCCAAGAAGAAGAAAGACGACCCAGAGAAGCUCCGGGGCUUCGCUCGAGCUCUGGACCCGGAGAGGAUCAUCGGGGCCACGGAUUCCACAGGAGAACUCAUGUUCCUCAUGAAAUGGAAAAACUCCGACGAGGCCGACCUGGUGCCGGCGAAGGAAGCCAACGUGAAGUGUCCGCAGGUCGUCAUCGCCUUCUACGAGGAGAGACUCACGUGGCACUCGUAUCCCACCGAGGACGAGAAGAAGGAGGACAAGAACUAACACAGGGCCAAGAAAGGGAAUUUCAUUGUACUUUCAACAGGGGGGGGAGCAGAGACAAGUGAGGCACCACUGGACUCACUCGUCUCUUGGUGUAGUAUCAUCUACUUUUAUCUGGAUAUAAUCUACAUGUAUAUAAGCUUCAGAUCCAUCUGAAUUAAGACAGUGUUCAUUCUCAGUAUCCGUUCCGAGUUUUAACGAGUUGUCCGACUAUUUCAGUCUGCUCUCCGCUGACGUUUUCAUUUCAUCAUCGUGCCAUUUACUCAGUUCACCGGUGCUGUUUGAGGGUGACAGCGUUUCCUCUGAGCUGUGACCUUUGGACUUGUUAGGUGUUCGGUGAUGAAGUCUCUCUGUCGUGUUUUUCAUUGUGUGUUGCUUCUCACUUUUUGAAAAUAAACCACUUUUUGUUAC